UGCCCACCUCACCCGCCUCACCGCUUUGACUGCGGGCCAGAUGUGAUGAGGACCUGAAGAGAAAGCAUUUUGCACAAAGAGUGAACAGACGUGAGGCUGGCCCAACGGACGCCUCCUCCCCUCGGGGCCGCCGGGAGAAGAGGGUUGAAGACCCGGGGGCGCUGCGUGGCGGCCCCGGAGGCGGCGCUCGCGUUAGGACCCAGCGGAUCCGGGCUGGAGGGCGGGCGCCGGCCCCGUCGGGGGCCCGGAGCGGGGCUCGGAGCGGGCAAAGGGGCGGCUCCGGCGGGCGGACUCGGAGCGGGCGGCGGAGUGACCCGGCCAGCUGUCCCCAAACACCAGCCCAGCCCGCCUCAUUGUGUAACCAUGAGAGCUGCCUACCUCUUCCUGCUGUUCCUGCCUGCAGGUCUGCUGGCUCAGGGCCAGUAUGAUCAGGAGCCGCUGCCUCCGUUCCGGGACCACGUCCAGUACACCCACUAUAGCGACCAGAUCGACAACCCGGACUACUAUGAUUAUCAAGAGGUGACUCCUCGGCCCCCUGAGGAACAAUUCCAGUUUCAGUCCCAGCAGCAAGUCCAACAGGAAGUCAUCCCUGCCCCCACUUUAGAACCAGGAACUGUAGAGACGGAGCCCACGGAGCCUGGCCCUGUGGACUGCCGAGAGGAGCAGUACCCGUGUACCCGCCUCUACUCUAUACACAAGCCUUGCAAACAGUGUCUCAACGAGGUCUGCUUCUACAGCCUCCGCCGCGUAUAUGUCGUCAACAAGGAGAUCUGUGUCCGCACAGUCUGUGCCCAUGAGGAGCUCCUGCGAGCUGACCUGUGUCGUGACAAGUACUCCAAAUGUGGUGUGAUGGCCAGCAGUGGCCUGUGCCAGUCGAUGGCAGCCUCCUGUGCCAGGAGCUGCGGGGGCUGCUAGGGUGGAGCUGGCACCCCGAGCCCUGGACCCUCCUCAGAUCUGGGGCCCUCAGGCUCUGCCUGACCUGGUGCUUUUCUCCCCAGCCCGACAUUCCUUUUAUCCUGUAAAAAGUUAGUGGACUGCGGCCCUGGGGGUUGCCUCAGGCCCCUCCCCCAGCCUGUGGCCACCCCUGGGGCACAAAGGGGGCUCCCCGAUGUCCAGUCUCCGCCCUCAGGUGGGGGACAUCCCAGGCCUCCGUACGGGACCUGGGCCCCUGACGUGCCUUCUUCAUACCCCCCAGGACAGUCCCCCACUCCCGCCCCACCCCCAAGGUAGGCUAUGACCCUCACCCCAGCUGGUCUGCUUGGAUCUCCUACAGCCCCUGGGCAUAGACCACCUAUGUUUUAUACAAAAUUAAA